UGGGCACCUAAAUUCAUCAGUCAUCUUCAUCUUUCAACCUACCAUCACCUACUGCUACUAUACCCUGGGCUUUGAAAUUAAAGAUGAGUUCAAAGGCGGUGUUUCUUUUCCUCGCCGUUGCUUUGGCCGUUUUCCUCGUGAUCGGCCUCGAAGUCUCGGCCAGAGAACUGGCCGAGACUAGCCACGACAACGGUGCUUACUUGGCCACUAAUGGCUAUGGUCACGGCGGGCAUGGACACGGCGGCGGCGGGCAUGGACACGGUGGCGGACAUGGCGGUUCUGGACAUGGUGGUCAUGGACAUGGUCACCCGCCUGGUCAUGGUGGAAGUUGCGGAAAUUACGGGUGCUGCGGUGGCGCCCAUAGUAACGGGCAGUGCAUAAGGUGCUGCUCUUAUAAGGGGGAGGCCGUAGAUGUGGCUGAGCCGUAAGCCAAUUGAGCUUGAGAACUAAAACGCUAUCCGUGCAUAAGUUGCAAAUGCACAUAAAAAUGUAAUAAUGUAGUGGAGUUCUACUUCUCUACUAUAUUUAUGUUCUAAAUAAUUAAGAUAUGUAACUCUCGGUGUUAUAAUCCAAUUUUCUAUUUACAGUUGAGAAAUUAUCGAGAAUAAGAGUAAAAUACACAUAAAUUAAAAAAUGCUACUGAAUAUGUUAGAGGUAUGUUUUAUUUUUAAAAUACUAGUAAGAUUUAGUAGUCAUCAAAAUAAAUUCAUCAAAACUUUCCAAUAUAGAACUCAAUGCGUGGUG